GGCUAAAAGCAGCCAGCCAAGAGCAUUGUGUAAGCCAAAAAGGCCCCAGAGAGCCAGGCUAAAAGCCCCCAGACGCACAACAACAACAAAAACAGCACAAAGAGUGGCGAAAGGUGCACCCACCAGCAAAACAGCAACAACCAGCAACCACAUUUCAGUUUAGCUCCAGACUCCCAGGUUACAGACUCCCCGGAUUCGAAACUCGCAACUCAAAACUCAAAGAUCCAGCUCCAGUUCCAGCAGAUCCAGCCACAUCCACCACAGUUCCAGCUUGCUCGAGUGCCAUAGAUCCUCACCAAGUGCCAAAAUCCGCAUCCUGAUCCCGGAGCUCAAGGCACCCGGCCAAAAAACUGAGCUGAGAACGAAACGAAGGAAGUUCCUUAGUGCCAUAGAAUGCAAUAAUUGAAACAACGACAACGAAGACGAAGACGAAGAACAACAAAACAUCCGGAAGCGGAGCUAAACUCGAACGAAACGAAAGAACCUUCACGAAGUGCCUUCCAUCAUCAAAACCGUUGAUAAGUGAUAUUUAUUAUGUUUAUACUUGCCAGCAGCCAAGGCAGCAAUCGUCGCAACAACAACAACCACCAAGGAUCACGGCAUCGAUGAUCAGAUGAUCACACCACGACCAAGUCCUAGUGCAAUUCGGAAUCCAGUUCAAAUUAGUUCAGUAAGCCAUCGAGGAAGCCACUACUAACUAAAUAAUGUCCACAUCCACCGCCACAACGAGCGUAAUCACGUCCAACGAGCUCUCGCUGUCCGGCCACGCCCACGGCCACGCCCACGGUCACGGACACGCCCACACCCUGCACCAGCAGCACUCCCACAAUCGCCUAGGAGUGGGAGUUGGCGUGGGAAUCCUCAGCGACGCCUCCCUUUCGCCCAUACAGCAGGGAAGUGGAAACGGCGGAGGCGGCAACACCAACAGUUCACCACUGGCGCCCAACGGAGUGCCACUUCUGACCACAAUGCAUCGAUCGCCGGACUCACCACAGCCGGAACUGGCCACCAUGACAAACGUCAAUGUGCUGGAUCUUCACACGGACAACUCCAAGUUGUACGACAAGGAGGCGGUUUUCAUCUACGAAACACCCAAAGUGGUGAUGCCAUCGGAUGGGGGCAGCAAUUCAGAUGAAGGUCAUGCCAUCGAUGCUCGAAUUGCGGCCCAAAUGGGCAACCAAGCCCAGCAACAGCAGCAGCAACAACAGCAGGCGGAGCACCAACCGCUGGCCAAGAUCGAAUUCGAUGAGAACCAAAUUAUCCGGGUUGUGGGACCAAAUGGCGAGCAGCAGCAGAUUAUCUCGCGGGAGAUCAUCAACGGGGAGCACCACAUCCUGUCGCGAAACGAGGCUGGUGAGCACAUACUUACCCGAAUUGUCAGCGAUCCCUCCAAGCUGAUGCCGAAUGACAAUGCGGUGGCCACGGCCAUGUAUAACCAGGCCCAAAAGAUGAACAAUGACCACGGGCAGGCUGUCUAUCAAACUUCUCCCUUGCCUUUGGAUGCCUCUGUACUCCACUAUAGUGGUGGGAAUGAUGGAAAUGUAAUCAAAACGGAGGCGGACAUCUAUGAGGAUCAUAAGAAGCAUGCUGCGGCGGCAGCAGCAGCUGGAGGAUCCAUCAUAUACACCACCUCCGACCCAAAUGUGGGCGUCAAUGUGAAUGUGAAGCAGUUGCCCCACUUGGCAGUGCCACAGAAACUCGAUCCAGACCUCUACCAAGCCGACAAGCACAUCGAUUUGAUCUACAACGAUGGCAGCAAGACGGUGAUCUACUCCACCACGGAUCAGAAGGGACUGGAGAUCUACUCGGGCGGCGACAUCGGCAGCCUGGUCUCCGACGGCCAAGUGGUGGUCCAGGCGGGACUUCCAUAUGCCACCACCACUGGCGCCGGAGGACAACCCGUCUACAUCGUGGCCGAUGGUGCCUUGCCAGCGGGAGUCGAGGAGCAUCUGCAGAGCAGUGGAAAGCUCAAUGGCCAGACCACACCUAUCGAUGUCUCUGGCCUAUCGCAAAAUGAGAUUCAAGGCUUUCUGCUCGGCUCACACCCCUCGUCGUCGGCGACGGUCAGCACAACCGGCGUUGUCUCCACGACAACGAUCUCGCAUCACCAGCAGCAGCAGCAACAGCAGCAGCAGCAACAACAGCAGCAGCAGCAACAGCAACACCAGCAGCAACAUCCCGGCGAUAUCGUUAGUGCCGCUGGCGUGGGGAGCGCGGGCUCAAUUGUCUCCUCGGCGGUGCAACAACAGCAGCAGCUAAUUAGCAUCAAACGAGAGCCCGAAGACUUGCGCAAGGAUCCCAAGAAUGGCAACAUUGCCGGUGCAACAACAGCAAAUGGACCUGGUUCGGUCAUAACGCAGAAGAUCUUGCAAGUGGAUGCUUUAAGGGCAAGUGAAGCUGAAAGGCCCAGCACACCCACUGAAUUGGAGUCAGGAUCAGGAUCAGAAGCAGGAUCGGGAUCACGAUCAGGAUCGCCAGGCAACAGACUUGAGAUGUAUGCAACCACGGGCGGCACACAGAUCUAUCUACAGACCUCACAUCCCAGCACGGCCAGCGGAGCGGGCGGUGGAGCCGGUCCCGCUGGAGCCGCCGGUGGGGGCGUGGCCAUGCAGGCGCAGAGUCCCAGUCCGGGUCCCUACAUCACGGCCAACGACUAUGGCAUGUAUACGGCCAGUCGCCUGCCACCCGGUCCCCCGCCCACCAGCACCACCACUUUCAUAGCGGAGCCCUCGUACUAUCGGGAAUACUUUGCUCCGGACGGACAGGGUGGCUAUGUGGUAGCCAGCACGAGAUCUUUGUACGGCGACGUGGAUGUUUCCGUAUCGCAGCCCGGCGGAGUGGCCCUCACCUACGAAGGCCGCUUUGCCGGCAGCGUUCCCCCGCCCGCCACCACCACCGUGCUGACCAGCGUGCACCACCACCAGCAGCAACAGCAGCAUCAACAGCAGCAGCAGCAGCAACAGCAGCAGCAACAGCACCACCAACAGCAACAGCAACACCAUCCGCAGGAUGGCAAGAGCAACGGCGGAGCCACGCCCCUCUACGCCAAAGCCAUCACGGCAGCGGGUCUCACGGUGGAUCUGCCCAGUCCGGAUUCGGGCAUUGGCACGGAUGCCAUCACGCCGCGGGACCAGACCAACAUCCAACAGUCCUUCGAUUACACGGAGCUGUGUCAGCCGGGCACGUUGAUCGAUGCCAACGGCAGCAUACCCGUAAGUGUGAAUAGCAUCCAGCAGAGGACAGUGGUGCACGGCAGCCAGAACAGUCCGACCACCUCGCUGGUGGACACGAGCACCAACGGAUCCACGCGGUCGCGGCCCUGGCACGACUUUGGCCGCCAGAAUGAUGCCGAUAAAAUACAAAUACCAAAAAUCUUCACAAACGUGGGCUUCCGCUACAACCUGGAGAGCCCCAUCAGCUCAUCGCAGAGGCGCGAGGACGAUCGAAUCACCUACAUCAACAAGGGUCAGUUCUACGGAAUUACGCUGGAGUAUGUGCACGAUGCGGAAAAGCCGAUCAAGAAUACCACCGUCAAGAGUGUGAUCAUGCUAAUGUUCCGCGAGGAGAAGAGCCCCGAAGAUGAGAUCAAGGCCUGGCAAUUCUGGCACAGUCGUCAGCAUUCCGUGAAGCAGAGAAUCUUGGAUGCAGAUACGAAGAACUCGGUUGGCCUCGUUGGCUGCAUCGAGGAAGUGUCGCACAAUGCCAUCGCCGUCUACUGGAAUCCGCUGGAGAGCUCCGCCAAGAUCAACAUUGCGGUUCAGUGCUUGAGCACGGAUUUCAGCAGUCAAAAGGGAGUUAAGGGCCUGCCGCUGCACGUACAAAUCGACACAUUCGAGGACCCCAGAGAUGCGACGGUCUUCCACCGCGGCUACUGUCAGAUAAAGGUCUUCUGCGAUAAGGGUGCCGAGCGCAAGACGCGCGACGAGGAGCGACGGGCCGCCAAGCGAAAGAUGACCGCUACGGGCAGAAAGAAGCUGGACGAGCUGUACCAUCCGGUGACGGAUCGGUCCGAGUUCUACGGCAUGCAGGACUUCGCCAAGCCGCCGGUGCUGUUCUCGCCUGCGGAGGACAUGGAGAAGGUAGGUCAGCUGGGCAUUGGCGCUGGCUCCGUGCAGGGCAUGACAUUCAACCCCCUGAGCAACGGCAACUCCAACUCCAACUCGCACUCGUCCUUGCAGAGCUUCUACGGCCAUGAGACUGACUCGCCGGACCUGAAGGGGGCCUCGCCGUUCCUGCUCCACGGCCAGAAGGUGGCCACGCCGACGCUCAAGUUCCACAACCACUUUCCGCCCGACAUGCAGACCGAUAAAAAGGACCACAUACUGGACCAGAACAUGCUGCCCAGCACACAACUGACCGACUUUGGUCCUCCCAUGAAGCGCGGCAGGAUGACGCCGCCCACUUCGGAGCGUGUGAUGUUGUAUGUGCGGCAGGAGAACGAGGAAGUCUACACGCCCCUCCACGUGGUACCGCCCACCACGAUCGGCCUGCUAAAUGCGAUUGAAAACAAAUACAAAAUCUCAACAACGAGCAUAAAUAACAUUUAUCGCACAAACAAGAAAGGGAUUACGGCGAAAAUUGACGAUGACAUGAUAUCGUUCUAUUGCAACGAGGACAUUUUCCUGCUGGAGGUGCAACAAAUCGAGGACGACCUGUACGAUGUGACGCUCACGGAGCUGCCAAAUCAGUAGCCCUGGCAGUAUGGGUAGCUCCCCAACUCAAAAACUACACACAAAACACGGACACAAGAUGUUGUUUCAAUAAGCCAUUUUCCAUAGAGCCUAAGUCUAAAUAUUGUAGUUUUAAUGGGACCCGAAACAAAUCGAAAGUUAAAAGCUAACAGAAUACAAUACUUAUGUAAAAUGAUAUAUACUAUGCUUAAAAUUCGAUUUAGUUAUUUAGCAACAAUGAGAUUAUCUAAAAUUUUUUGAUCAAAUUUUACAUUCUCGCUAUGUCUAUAGAUACUUGUGUAAGCCCUAAUCGUAAUUGUAGUACCGUGUAUUUAUGCUCAUAUAUAGUAUCCCCCCAAAAUAUAUAUGUGUGUAAGCACAGUGCAAAAGUGUCUGUCCAGUAGGAAAUAAGUCUCGUUUCCGCUCCCCUGCUUAUGCUAAGACCUUAGGUCCAGGGCAAGUAAGAGUUACAGAAUCUAUCUAUUAGGUGUAUCUAACGCAACCACAUUAGCUCUACACGAACUCUAGACAUAAUCAUUUUGUAUGUUCGGCUUAAGCGUUUUAAUUGUUGAAUAUAAAAUUGUAAAAUUAUUUUUGAAAAACCCACACAAAACACAAAUCGUUUGUUCUAUAUUUCUGUUUCAAAACAAAGCUAACACGUUACCCCUUUCCCCCCCUCUCUGUUAUGUAUAAUUAGGAUCUCUGUACACAAAAACAUAAUGAGGAGAACUUCGAAGAACGAGAAAAUUGGUAUAAACAAAUAAUAACAUUCUCGAAGUAGUUACCCUUAAAUCUAAAUAUACACCUAGGGAUAAGAACACUCUGCAAUAAAACAUGUUGAUAAAAAUCGUAGUUAAGUCCAAGCUAAGGCAAAAACAAAAUCGAAAAAAAAGACAACUUUAAAAACAUUUGUGUGCAUUUGUUGAAAAACAAAAAAAAAUAUCUAAUGAACAAUGAUCAACCAAGAAAGUUGAUUCAAAACUAAACAAUUAAAUAAAAAGGAUCGAUAAUCAACGGUAGCACCCAUAAAAGAUCGCAACAUUCGUAUGAAUAUAGACACAGAUAUAUAUGAUAUGUAUAGGGAUAAUAACGUUUACAAUUUCUGUUUGCCAUAAUUAACAGUUUAAUUUAAUUAACGAAAUGUUUUGUGUACAAUGUUAUUUGAAUUCAAGCAGAGACUUCACAGCGAGAUUUGCUUGGAACUACGAAUACUCCGCAUCGAUUGCUUCAAUUUUGAACAGUACGAGUUCAAUGCUCAAUAUUAUUAUUAAUUGUUUAUUAAUUGUAAUCCCCCCUCUAACGUCUACACUCCCUCACCCCUUAAUAUUGCUCUAUUUUCUUGUCUCUUUUCGCGCAACCCUUUUGUGAGGGGGAAAACCAUUUUCCACUUGACAUUUCCGGUGUUGUACAUCACAAUUUGUUUUUAAUUUUAGCCCUUAGUUCUUAUUGUACUAUUCAAGAUUACACAAUAUUAUGAUAUGAAAUGAGAGAGGAUAAGAUAUCAGAGGAUAUGAAAUGAAAUGAUGAUGAUGAAUCGAAAAUCUUGCCGGCAUGUUAUAAUUCUUUAUGUUUAGUUAUCAUAACCCUUAAGUUCUACGCUCUUUCUAUAUAUUGUAUACACAAAACAUACACAUAUAUUUUAAAAGCCAAUAAUUUAUUUUUUGUUACUGUUGGAAAAACAAUUCCACAAUAAAUAGAAAAGCGAACAAAAACACUAAAAAAAAACGUGAAAAUGCAACUGAGAACAAGUGACAAUCCAUCGUGUGAGAAGUGCAUGUCCAACUUGAGAAAUUAUAAAAAGAGAAACACAAACAAAAUAAAACAAAUUGUACAAUAUAAUUAUAAUGAAUACACAACAUUUAAAUAAAGAACAAAAAAUAA